AACAUACUGGCCGCCUUGUUAUCGGAGACCACAGAUCAACAUCUCACUUCAGGACAGUACCCUGGACAAUGCAGGGGAAGAAGACAAGAAGAUGAAUGAAGAACUGGAGUCCCAGUACCAGCAAAGCAUGGACAGCACCAUGUCUGGACGGAACCGGCGCCACUGUGGACUUGGUUUCAGUGAGUUUCAGGAAGAUGAAGAACAAGAAGAGGCAGCAGGACACUCCUCUGACGAGAGUUCAGACGACUCUGACAGUGGCUCUGACUCGGAGCAAGAGGAGUCUGCAGAGGAGCUACAAGCUGCUGAAAAACAUGAUGAAGCUGAGGUUCCAGAAAACAAAAAAGAAGCAAAAAGCAACUAUAAAAUGAUGUUUGUGAAAGCCAGUGGUUCAUAACUGCAGAUGUAACAGCUUUGUAUUUAAAGUACAGCAAGCCUUAUUGUUACAGUGCAAAGUGGAGGACUGCUACAGCACAAAUCUUUGUAUUAUGAUUUUAAAAAGACCCCUUUAGAUGACAAAAAGUAGUAUUUGCUUUCUGUUGCCAUGGAUAACAUUUUUAUGGGCACAGUGAUAUUACUGGGUUUUGUAAAGUGUAUAAAAUCCUGGAUGGAGAAAUAAAUUUGCUUUGUUCCUGCCCAAUCUUUACAAUGUUAUCUAAACUAUCCCUCUCCUUUUAUUCCAUGCCAGAUAAGGAAGCUUCAUGUUAGUGGUUUAUUUAGUUAGUGCCCCAGUUUUGAAUUUUUAACUAUUAAGAUUACAUGUGAAUUACGUGAUGUUGCAUUAGAUGUAAAAUACCAAUAUCAGCACUAUUCUGUGAUGUACUAGAGCUUUAAACAAUGAUUUUGUCUAUAGAUGCUAGUGUUGACAGGGCUGAGAGGAGAAAUUGCUCACUUUUGUGACAGUAUUAAUCACUGUAUCCAUCUGAAGUCCUACAGCAGUUGCAUGGAGGUGUUUUAGAAAUGCAUAAUACAACAGGAGGUUCUAAUUGCUUCUUUGGCUUUCUAAUGAGGGGCAUAAGCUGUAGUUCUUUCUACCUUUCAGUAGAAAAUAGUGAUUUUUGCAUUACUAGCUCCUGGUUAUAGUACUGAGCUGUUAUUAAAAAUAACUCCUCCUGAGGAAACCAGUUUACUUUGAAAGAGAGAGUAUACUUUGAUAAUGAAAAGGAUAUACAGAUCAUUUAGCUUUUUUAAAGUAUAGAGUACAGAGUUAAGUA